CAGCGGGGGGCUUCAUGGAGGCGGGAGAGACUUCUGGUGCUCAGUCUGCUAAAGCGAUCAAGCCAAUAGACCAUAAAUCGGUCCACCGGAUCUGUUCAGGGCAGGUGGUGCUGAAUUUGAGUACUGCGGUGAAAGAGCUGGUGGAAAACAGCCUAGAUGCUGGUGCUACCAGCGUUGAAGUGAAGCUUAAAGAAUACGGGACAGAACUUAUUGAAGUUUCUGAUAAUGGCUGCGGCGUGGGAGAAGAAAACUUUGCAGGCUUGACUCUAAAGCAUUAUACUUCCAAGAUACAAGACUUCUCUGAUCUUAUACAUGUUGAAACAUUUGGUUUUCGAGGUGAAGCUCUCAGCUCUCUGUGUGCAUUAAGCGACGUUUCUAUUUUGACUUGUCACAAGUCUGCAAAGGUCGGGACGCGUCUUGUGUUCGAUCACGGUGGGAAGAUCACCUCGAGGGCCCCUUGCCCUCGACAGCAGGGGACGAGCGUCAGCGUGCAGCAGUUGUUUUACCCCCUGCCGGUGCGGCAUAAGGAAUUUCAGCGCAACAUAAAAAAGGAGUAUGCAAAAAUGGUUCAGGUGUUGCAAGCGUAUUGUAUCAUUUCGACGGGUGUUCGAAUCAGCUGCACGAAUCAGGUUGGCCAAGGCAAGAAACAGCUUGUGGUGGGCACCGGCGGGAGUUCGUCCUUAAAGGAAAACAUUGGGGCGAUAUUUGGUCAAAAACAGCUGCAAAGCUUGAUUCCUUUUGUUCAGCUGCCUGCUAGUGAAGCCAUCUGUGAAGAGUACGGCUUGACUUCUGAUAUGCCAGCCAAUCUCUAUACUAUAACAGGCUUCGUUUCCCGUUGUGAUCACGGCGUCGGGAGGAGUACGACAGACCGACAGUUCUUCUUUAUUAACCAGAGGCCAUGUGACCCAACAAAAGUUUCCAAAGUUGUGAAUGAAGUGUACCACAUGUAUAAUAGACACCAGUAUCCCUUUAUUGUUCUUAAUAUAUGUGCAGAGUCUGGAAGCAUCGACAUCAACGUGACGCCCGACAAAAGGCAAAUAUUGCUUCAGGAAGAGAAACUUCUGUUGGCAGUUCUGAAAACUUCUUUGAUGGGGAUGUUUGGUAGCAGUGUGAACAAGCUUGUCAUCAAUCAGAAGCUGCCGGAUGCCGAAGGAAACUUUAAGCCGGCCCUUCAAGAGGAGACAGAAGUGCCUGGCUUGGAAACGCGCAGUUCCUCGUCUCCAAAUCCAAAAUGUGCAAUGACUGUAGCCAAGCUUAGAGAGUCUUUUUCUCUCCGUCAGGAGACAGACGCCAGAGUUCAGAGUUUUGAAAAUGACAAGCAGCAGCACAGAUUCCCCGAGCCGAGAAAGCUACUGACUUUUUUCAGAGUUUCGGGAUCCCCGAAUAAGGAGACCAGCUCUGGGAAGAAAUCUACAGGAGGCUCUGAAACCAAUUCGAGCAAGUCCCUGCUUUCCCAGAGAAAUGUCAAGAAAUUCACAGAAGAGAUGGAUUCCGGAUGCGGCAGCAGCUCUGUGGAAUCCGAUGUGGGUUUGAGCACCCUUGAGCUCAGUAGCUGUUUCAGUGGUGAAAGUGCAGUCAGUUCCCCUAAUGAAGAAUCCCAUGUUUCCAAAGAAGAAAUUCCAAGGGAAGAUCUUGAAACUAGAGGACAAACACAGAGGUCAAAAUGUGACGGGGACCAAAGCAAAGAGCAUAAAUUAGCCCAGGAGGUCGACUGUUCUUCCCCAGAUGCGAAACGACAGAAGAUCGCUCCAUCUCUGUCACCGAUAGGAAGUUUGUUAGAGGGGACGGAUGCUCAGAACGGUGCCGUUUUGUCACAGUACGACGUCCCUUUGGAAGUUGAAAAGAAAACCGUGACGCUGGAGUUCUCUAUGAGUUCGUUGACGGACAGGGUGAAGAAGCUAAUCCUGCGGCAACAGGAGAAGGCGGCAGCGCUGAAUUACAGAAAAUUCAGGGCAAAAAUUAGCCCUGGAGAAAACAAAUCCGCAGAGGAUGAAUUGAGAAAAGAAAUAAGUAAAGAGAUGUUUGAGAAAAUGGACAUCGUCGGCCAGUUCAAUUUAGGAUUUAUAAUAGCUAAAUUGAACUCUGACCUCUUCAUCAUUGACCAGCAUGCUUCAGACGAGAAGUACAACUUUGAGAUGUUGCAGCAGCAUACCGUUCUACAAGGGCAGAAACUAAUUGCACCUCAGAACCUGAAUUUAACUGCUUUCAAUGAAAGUGUGUUGGUGGAAAACCUGGAGAUUUUCAGAAAAAAUGGAUUUGAUUUUGUCAUUGAUGAAGGAGCACCUGUAAGCCAAAGAGUAAAGCUCGUUUCGUUACCAACAAGCAAAAACUGGACUUUUGGCCCACAAGAUAUAGAGGAGCUGAUCUUCAUGUUGAGCGAUUGCCCCGGUGUGAUGUGUAGGCCUUCCCGAGUGAGGCAGAUGUUUGCUUCUCGAGCGUGUAGAAAGUCGGUCAUGAUUGGAACAGCACUGAAUGUAAAGGAGAUGAAGAAACUGGUCACCCACAUGGGUGAGAUUGAGCAUCCUUGGAACUGUCCGCAUGGAAGGCCAACCAUAAGGCACAUAGCCAACCUAGAUCUGGUUUCUCAAGAAUAGCAAGCCCUUAUACGCACUUUA